AUGAGGCACCUGGGAAGGGUGGAGACAGGGGCCUUAGGAAUUGCUCUGUGGGAUGGUGGAGAGUCAGAACUGGAGCUUAGGAGGUCGGAGGGGCCUGGGGUGCAAGGACCCCUAGAGGCAUCAGAAAACAGAGGUCAGAAGACACAGAAGGUCUCCUCUUCCAGCUUUUCAAUUGCCCUCUCUCCUCACACAGUAGAUUACUGUCUCUCCUAAUUGGUCCAUAGGCUGGGGCAUGGGCCUGGCCUGGCUACACAGUGGCCGUCAGGGGGCAAAAGAAUGUGCCUGAGCUCCUCCCGCAUCAACUGGUAG